ACGACUGCAGCCAGCCGUGCACGGAGGGCACUUAUGGCGCCCUCUGUCUUUCUGCGUGCAAGUGUAAGAACAACGCCACCUGUGACCACAUGAGCGGCGCGUGCACGUGCAAUCCUGGAUUCCGUGGUCCCCUAUGCGAGGAACGCUGUCCCGAGGGUACACACGGAGCGAACUGCGGUGGCACCUGUCAGUGUCAGAACGGCGCGACGUGUGACGCAGCGACGGGGGAGUGCCACUGUCGGCCAGGAUGGACCGGCCCCGUGUGUGCGAAUCCGUGCCUAGAGGGCCGGUACGGCGACCGCUGUCUGCAGCCAUGUUUGUGCUACAAUGGCGCCAUCUGUGACCACGUCAACGGCAGCUGUGUGUGUCUACCUGGAUUCAUCGGUGACAAGUGUGAGGAGACUUGCCAGAUCGGUAGCUACGGCAACGGUUGCCGCGAGCGAUGCGCGUGCGACAACGGCGCCACCUGCCUGUCGUCGAAUGGCAGCUGCGUGUGCGACGACGGCUACGAGGGCGCCCUCUGCCAGCAGAGAACCUGCCCCGAUGACAGAUUCGGCCCUGACUGCGUUGAGACGUGCCAGUGCACACCAGGGGGCGCCGAGAGCUGUCACUCACGCACGGGCGCGUGCAAGUGCCGGCCUGGCUUCGCGGGCCCGACCUGUGGCGCCCCCUGUGCGGCCCUCACCUACGGCGCCGGCUGCAAGGAGAAGUGCGAGUGUGAGAACAGCGGACUGUGCAACCCUGUAGAUGGCGGCUGUGGCUGCGAGCCGGGGUACAUUGGUGAUCGGUGCGAGCGGCCGUGCCCUGUCGGAAUGUUUGGCAUGAACUGCACCCAGCAAUGUCUGUGCGAACGCAACGCCACCUGCUCCCCUGUCAGCGGCUUCUGCUACUGUCCAGCCGGCUGGACAGGCAUGCACUGUGAGCUGCCCUGUCCAUCGGGAUCCUACGGCGAGAACUGCAACAUCACCUGUCUGUGUGAGAACGGAGCGUCGUGUAACCGCCUCACCGGCACGUGCACGUGCAACGCCGGCUACACGGGGCCCGCCUGCAACGUCACCUGUCCCAGCAUGUCGUAUGGGUUUGGCUGCCUGCAGACGUGCAGCUGUGUGAAUGCUAAUGGUUGUGACGUGGCAACAGGCGUCUGCCAUUGCCGACCUGGAUGGAAAGGGGUUCAGUGUACGAGCCGGUGUCUUGAUGGAUUCUGGGGAGCUAGCUGUCAGACAGAGUGUGCCUGCGCUAACAAUGGCUCGUGUGACCCUGUGAGUGGGAAGUGUCUCUGUCAGGCUGGCUGGACUGGAGCCAACUGCAAUCAGGUCUGCUCGCGCCGCAACUACGGUCCACACUGCGCACUCACGUGUCCCGCGUGUGCCCACGGUGAUGGGUCAUGUGACCCUGUUAGCGGACAGUGCCCCUGCGCGCCGGGCUACACUGGUUUUGACUGCACCGACGCAUGCCCGGCAGGUCACUACGGCGCCCUCUGUGCAGAGAUGUGCACGUGCGGUGGCAACACGACGCGGUGCGAUCACGUGACGGGCGAGUGCCACUGCCUGCCCGGCUGGCUGGGACAUGACUGCUUGCAGGACUAUAUAAAGACGAUCAUGAGAUGCUUGCGUGAUGUUGUGUCGCGUUGCUUACAGACGUGUCGCUGCCCUAGCAGCGAUAGCUGCCAUGCUGUGACAGGAAGCUGCAUAUGUGAUCCGGGAUUCACUGGAGACAGAUGCAACGAGACGUGCCCGCAGGGAACGUUCGGUCUGAUGUGUGCUGCCAUCUGUGGGUGUAGGAACGGCGCGCACUGCCAUUUCGUGACUGGACGCUGCACCUGCAGGCCGGGUUGGAUCGGCCGGCGAUGCGAUAUCGCGUGUCCUGAGGGAACGUUUGGUACCGACUGCAGUGAGGUCUGCCGCUGCAUGGGAAACUCUAUCUGCCAGCCGGAGCUGGGCUGCGUCUGCCCGAGUGGUUACAACGGCGACGACUGCUACAACGAGAUUGGCGGACAAGAAUCUGCACGUGUGGCGUCAUCGACAGAGCGCUCAUCCGGCCAGGGGGCGCUGAUCGGCGGUAUUAUAGCGCUAGUAAUAGUGCUGCUCAUCAUUCUGCUGAUACUGAUCUACUACCGGCGCCGUGUACGCCGACUGAAGCGCGUGCUGCCACCUGUCAUGUACACAGCGCGACCUGGUGGUGGUGUAACGCAGGCUGAGAACCCGCUCUAUCCACUAAGCAUCACCUCCGAGAAUGGAGCAAAGUCCCUGAACAACGCACAUGUUCUGAAGAACGAUAUAUUCACGAAAGAACAAAAGAACCUUGAACAGGCAAAGCUGUUUGGCGCGUACGGUAGCUGCGAGUCAUCCUCCAUGGUUAAACCGGAUAAUACUCAGCUUAAUCUGAUCCUCAAGGAGAAAGAAUUGACUGACAAUUCUGAUGAUGAAGCAGAUGUAUUUGGACCGCGGUACGAGCGCGUGAAAAAAGUAGAAAACGUGCCGGUGGCGCCCUACAGUGGCGACCCCAACAUCUACCACUCAAUCGAUGAGAUAGGUAAUACAGCAAGCUCACUAUUCAACGAUGACCUAGAUAAUGACAUCCCGAGGUACGCUGAGAUCCCGGACAUGGCUACAGGCGCCCCGAUCCUCCCCGAGCGUGAUGCGCCGCCCCCGCCCCACCCUCCCCCGCGGCUCGAGUCGAUGGAAUCCGGCUACGCCUCCUCGCGACAUCCCACUGAAAGCUUCUCCGAAUUCGACGCCGUCUACGUCGACCCGACAGGGGGCGCCGGUGGAGGUGAGCGAGUCGGUGAGAGCGGCGAUGACGUCGGAGCGUGCCGAGGAGGAGGAGGAGGAGGAGGAGCAGGAGGAGGAGGAGGAGGGAACACGAGCGGCGUCUACGCGAUGGGAGCGGGAGGCUGCAGGAAUGUCGACGGUGUCUAUGGCAAGGGAUCGCCGAGUGGAGAGAAGAAUCGUAAUGGUGUAUAUAGUAAGGGGUCGGGUGGUGGCGGAGGAAAUACAAGCGGCGUCUACGACAGGUCAGCUGGAGAAGGUGAGGCUGGAGGUCAGAUGAAUGGCACAGCCCUGCUAGUCAACUCCACAACCCUGGAAGAGGUGGACCUGAACAAGCCAAGAGCAUAACCACUGCAUCGCUGUUAUACGUACUCAGGCCGGCGGGAGACACGCAUGUCCGUUCAUCUCUCUGAAGGUUCACGGACUCGGGUAUAGGCGCUAUGAGUGUCCGUCCAACCUUCUGUACGUGAGAAAUCCUGCUCGACCACAACUAAACUACUAUGUCGCACGCACGCACGCAUGCACACGUAUUUACCAUUGUUUUACGAACAACAAGCAGCGACGCACAUUGUGCGCACGCGAUUUUCUGUCCCUGAAUGGCCGACAAGUUGCUCAUUGAUUCAGUUGGCGUGGGUUUAUUAAGUGUGCGAUGACAUUCACGUGAUAUCAAACACGGAGGAUAAAACCAAUGUGAUGUUACUACUUAAAAUUACUGCUCGGUACUAGCUGUUUAGUUUAGGUCAGGUUCUGUAGUUACAAAGAACAAGGAUAGCUUCCUACAUGUAAGACAGUAAACUGAUAUACACAUGUAAUUCACAUGGCUGUCUAUAUGACUGUUUCUGCAGGAGGGUACCUCUCACGGGGAUAUCAGGUUGUGCAAUUUUGAUGGCAACUAGACAUUGCAUGUCGUACCCACGAGAACGUUGUGUUGGCGUUUGCAUUAAAAUUAAUAUAUUUUGAUGUCUCUGAAACAUUAGCGGUUCUUAACACAACUUCAGAUAUUUCCAUGUGCCUUGAUUUUACUGAAUACUUCAAACAGUUUUUCUACGCAAAAAUUGCUAUUGAAUGCAACGUGCGCGUUAAAAUAAUAAAAUAUGCAUAGCUUCACCAUGAUCGUACCUGUAGUAGGUGCCCUUGUUUCAAUAUUAAAGAAAUAAAUGUAAGAGUUAAACGAUCGAGAAAUGUUUGAUGCAGACAAUUUCUGCGCAAGUGAUCGUAAAACAUGAGCAGAGAGAAAGAGAGAGAGAGAGAGAGCGAUCUGUGUUUAACCGAAUGAGUGAUAUGUGGCAUUGGUAAUCUCUCAACUAUAUUCUAGUAUUGUACAUAAUUAUUACCCGUGUAUCUAAUUUUUUUUAACAUUUACCCAUAACAGGAAGCGUAUGAUAUUGUGUAACAUGCUGUGCGAUAGAUUUCGCUGAUUUUAUGCGUUUUUUAAGUAUUUGUGACGAUCAACAAUACUCCUCAAGCUAGCUGUUGACACAUGACAGUGUUGCAAAGUGAUAACUUCAUACUUAGAUAAACAACAUUAUUAACAUGAGUAACUUUCUUCCUGUGUGUACGUGAAUUUGCGUGCCAAAUCUGAUAGUGAUAGACUUAAAAGAAAAUAUGAACAUAUUUACACAGAUUUUAUCUCACAUUUCUAAUACGAAUCCCUGUUGUUUUAUGUACAGUAGGCCCCUAGUGCCUUUUUAGGAUACCAGCAAUAACAAUGUGUUUAAUAAUGUGUAGUAUAUACUAAUUCCAUGGUUUCAGCUUCAGUUAAUAAUAAUAAAUAAUAUGUAAUCAAUUUCUUUUUAUUAUGGUGGCCCAAAUGGCCAUUAAAUCCAUCACUUAAGGCUAGGGACACGGUUAUCACCAACCCUGGGCUGGGCUCCUAGAGCUGAGGAUAUGAUGGCCAUCUGGGCCACCAUGUUCCAUAAUGCAAGAUUUAUAGUAUCUAACACGAGACUACAUCUGUAUCAUGAAUACUUGAUGAAUAUGUUAUUGAUAUUAUAACAUUCCUCGGUGUGAAAUGAUUCAGGGGAUUAAAUAAUUAUUGCAUAUAGUGUCAAAGACAUGCAUAUAGUUAACUCAUUAUGAACUCUGGGUGAUGCUUAUAAAACUGGGUGAUGCUGUUGUUAACCAUGACAAUAUACAAAAACGAGAGACAGUUAAAGUCUCGAGUGAUAUCGAAUUGCGAUCAAGUAAAUAAAUAUUCCCAUGUAAAUAAUUGUGUAUAUAUUUUGGUACUAUUAAUUAUAGUGACAUUGUUUCACAGAUAAGGAAUGCAUAAUAAGGGCGGGAAUGCAUUAUAAUGAUAAGGGGAAUGCAUUAUACGCUGUUACUUGGACAUUCUGUCUAACAUUUACCACUGCAGUAGCUUGUUAUGACGUCGCAAUGUAUUACUAAUUGUCUACAAAAACUGUGCAAGCAUAGUGUAAACACCACACUAGACCAGGGGUGCGUAUAUUUUUAACUGAUAUUAAUUCAUGCUAUAUAUUUCCCCCCCAUCGCUAUUCCAGUACGCCAUUUUUUAAACGUGUACACAUGCGACAAUCGGCCGUAGUAAUAACGCUUGUCUGUAUAAUUUUGUAUACUCAUAUUUGUUGACAGUCUUGACCAUUAGAUAUUGAAAUCCAUGUGGUAUUAAAAUGUAUAAAGUA